UUCAGUUCAGUGUGAGUGAGUGAGUGAGAGAGAGAGAGAGAGAGAGAGAGAGGUGUGGAGCUGACUUUAGCUUAGAGCUUGAGGAGAUUAAAUGAGUAUUUUCUGCCCUUCGCUGUGACAGAAAUGUUCCUCUGUGCUGUUGAUCUGUAGCUCAGUGAAUCUGAGGGAGGACGAACAGGAGGAACAGAAAUCUCAGCUCUGCUCUACACAAUAAUGUUCUCCAAAAAGCCGCAUGGAGACGUGCGGAAAUCCACCCAGAAAGUGCUGGACCCCAAGAAGGACGUCCUGACACGACUGAAACAUCUGCGUAUCGUCAUCGAAAACGCAGAGUCGUCUGAACUGAAACACUUUUUUGACCAGAAUUAUUCUCACAUCUAUUACGUCUUCUUUGAGAACUUUGUCAAUAUUGAAGCAAAUCUGAAACAGAAAGGCCAUAAAUCACAGAGGGAAGAGCUCGACUCCAUUCUGUUUAUAUUUGAGAAAAUUUUGCAGUUGUUGCCAGAACGGAUUCACGGAAGAUGGCAGUUUCACAGCAUCGGUCUCAUUCUGAAGAAACUCCUACACACUGGAAACUCCCUGAAGAUCCGCAGGGAGGGUGUGCGUCUCUUCCUGCUCUGGCUCCAGGCUCUGCAGUACAACGCUCUAAGAGAGCAGCUGUGGAUUUUCGCCUGUUUGAUCCCAGGAUUUCCGUCUCCUCAGUGUGAACACACACCACGGACCCUGGACAGCAUCAUCAACCCCACACUUAUCCUUCAUGAGGCUCAGGUGAUUCCUGAGGAGAUCAGCCCCCUGGUUCUGCCCCAGUCCAGCGAUAAAGCUCAGGAGGAUCUGACUGGUUACUUCCUGGAGGCGUUACUGAAGUACAUGGUCAACCAGGCUAAGAGUCUGGAGUGGAGGUGCAGAGAGAACCAUGAGAAGGGUUUUGCAUUUCUCUUUGCCAACUUUAAGAAGUUUUAUCUUCCUCACAUCUUCCCAAACUUCUCCAAGGACAGCAGCCUGUACGCUCCCAUCCUGGACAUUCCCCCGAUGAGGCCGAAGCCGUGUUAUGUGGUCGUGAAAAGGGACCCGGACACUAACGAGGCUCUGUACUGCACUAAAGAGAGCUUCCUGAACGCACGAGUCAUCUUCAUCCGCUGGCUCGUCUCCUUCUGGCUCGAACCCAAAUCCAACACGCUGACAAACAUCCUCGGGGUGGAGGGAGAGAACGUGCCAAAGAACAUCCAGAGAGCAGCUGCUGGUCUGGCCAUGCGAUCAGAAGAAGGUGGUCCUCGAUCUGCAGCUCUGGAUGGAGGAGGAGAACCAGAGCAGUCUCACUCCAACACGAGCACUCUGACAGAGAGAGAACCGAGCUCGUCCAGUCUCUGCAGCAUGGACGGAGAGAACCUCAGUGCCAUAGAGGUGGUAAAGAAUGUUCUCUACUCCUCCAGGACCAACGUGAACUUCAUCAUCGAGGUCUUCAGACAGGCGUUUCUUUUGCCAAUGUGUGAGGCAGCAGCGAUGCGGAAGGUGGUGCGUGUGUAUCAGGAGUGGAUCUCUCAGGAGGAAAAGCCUCCAUUUAUGGCAGAACCAGAGGAAGAUGAACACUACAUCGACCCUCACGACCUUGUUCUAGGACACGGAGCGGAGAACCACCACAAGGAGAGAGUGAUGAAGGACAGUGAGAUGUUGGAGUACUGUGUACAUGCAGGACUUCAGGCCACGCUACAGGUUUUCGUCAUCAACUCCUCCAAUGUGUUCCUGUUAGAACCAGCUAACGAGCUGAAGCUUCUGCUGGAGGAACACAUUGACAUGUCCAAGCGUGUCCUCAACAUCUACCGCAGCCUUGUCAUGCACCAGAACAUGGACCAGAAAACAUGGGAGCAGAUCCUGCUGGUGUUGCUGAGGGUGACAGAGUGUGUGAUGAAGAGGCCUCCCUCCAUCAUGCCCCAGGGGAAAAAGAAUAACACACUCUCUGGCCGAUUAGCAGGAGCCCUUUUUCAGACUCUGAUCGUGGCGUGGAUUAAAGCGAACCUGAAUGUGUUUAUCUCUCGUGAUCUGUGGGACGAGCUGCUCUCUGUGCUCUCCUCUCUCACCUGCUGGGAGGAGCUGGUCACUGAGUGGUCCCUCACCAUGGAGACCCUCACCAAGGUUCUGGCCAGGAACCUGUACAGUCUGGACCUGAAUGAGCUGCCACUCGAUAAACUCAGUGAGCAGAAACUGAAGAAACACAAGGGCAAAGGUGGUGGUCAUGAAGGACAGAAGAUGGUGGUGGAUCGUUCUUUCUCUAAAGGAUGGAGUCGUGAUCCUCCGGGUCAGACUGUAGCCAUGAGACAACGCAGCGCCACCACCGCAGGCUCGCCGGGCAUCGAGAAGGCCAGGAGUAUUGUUAGGCAGAAAACCAUUGCGUUGCGUAGCCGCUCGACGGGUGACAGUCUGUUAUCGGCGGCAUUUAUCCGCAGUGCUAAAAGUGCUCCUGUGCUAAUCCACCCUGUGCACCCUCUCCUUCCUGACUCUGUCCUCACUCCCCUAGCUGAUGAGCUGUCAGACAUGGAGGAUCCCCCUCCAUCUCUUCGUGCUCCACGUGUACGUCACUCAUCUCAGAGCGAAGAGAGUCCAGCAGGUGAAGUGUUCUGUGUCUCGGCCGAGGUGGAUCAGACGCCGCUCCCACGCAGCAGCAGCACUUCUGACAUCAUGGAGCCACUUGUGAAAGGUGCACUUCCUGUUUCUGACACUCCCUCUCACACUGACCCCACCCACUGCCCCUCCCACAGCCCUGCCCAUUCCCUUGAAGGAGCAGAUAGCAUCUACGAGCACCUGUGCCAGGGAUCAGACCCAGAGCCUCAGCUCACUUUUGUACCUGAUUGGACAUUUCUGGAGGCCACACCCACAACCGCACAAACUUUACCUGAUGGAGGAGGAACAGGAGGGAGAGUGGAUGACUUCACCCAGGAGGAGAUGGAGCCAGGUCCAGAGGAAAAGGAGGAUGAGCCAGAGCUGGGUGAUCAGAGUUUCUAUGACUGCCUAGAGCAGUGCGAUGCAGAGCAAGUGAUUCAUCAGAAGCCGUUAUGUAGGCAAGAUGCAACAGAGCACCUGGUUGAAAUCAACUCCGCCCCACAUUCCGGGCUCCGCCCUCGAAAUAAAAAACGUCCAGGAGGUGGAGUUCACGUCACUUUUCGUCCUUCCACCGAGUCGGUACACUUCCUGAACCCUCUAGAUCCAAAGGAAGCUCACUGGAAAAGUCGACUUCGACGUCUAGGGCACUUCAAUGCACACUCGCACCCUGGUGCAGGACCAGCGACGAAGCUCAGAGACGCUUCUGAAGAGGGGGACGGUGUGCGUUCCCGCCAGCAGAGCGCACUUUUAGGUGGCGUUUAUAAAUCUGUGGCUCACGCGCUCUCCAAACCGAAGAGCCAUGGAAAAACCACGGCAUCAGACGCACACCUGAAAGACCUGUACACACAUUUUAUCGGCUAUUUUGGAAGAAAAGCUCCAGCCAGUAAAGAUGACCUGACACAGAAGAUGCGGCCUGUAUCCAGUGAUGUGGAGAGCAGUAACCCCAAUGUCAGUGAUCUGAUGGACGAGUUUAUCCAGGAGCGCCUCAGAAGCGGAGGAACCUCGGGAUUGGCGAGGCGAGGCAGUAGUCCGGGCAGUUUGGAGAUUCCUAAAGAUUUUCCGGAUGUGUUGACUCACUCGAACACCACACGCCCCGCCGAUGACCCUGGUGUACCCUCUGAGUGGACCUCACCUGCCAGUGCCAGCGGGAGUGACAUCAUCAGCUCUGACAGCCAAUCAGAUUCCUUCAAUGCCUUCCAGUAUGACAACAAGUUUGAGAAUUUCAGCUUUGCCCCUGAGGUAUGUGCAGUGGGCUGUAUGGAGCAGGAGAGUGUGUGUGGGGCAGCACAUGUGGUGGAUGAACAGGAUCACUCCAGUCUUACUACACUGCACAUCGACUCUGAGACCAGCAGCCUGAGUCAACAAGGACUGUCUGCUGAUACACUCACCAUAACCGGUUCUCGGAGUGCGUCUCCAGCACACUCUCGCUCACACACUCCAUCUCCAGCUACACUCACAACUGAACACACAGAACACAAAGAUCUUCAGCUGGAUGAGAAACUCCAUCACUCUGUCCUGCAGACCCCUGAUGACCUGGAGACGAGCGAGUUUCCCACAGAGGACUGCAGCGUGAUGGCUGGGGGUUCACUCACUGGUUGGCAUGCUGACGUUGCCACGGUGAUGUGGAGAAGGAUGCUUGGUAUACUGGGAGAUGUGAACACUAUUAAAGACCCGGAGAUCCACGCACAGGUGUUUGAUUACCUCUGUGAGCUCUGGCAGAACCUGGCCAAGAUUCGUGAUAAUCUGGGAAUCUCUGUGGACAAUCAGACUUCUCCUCCUCCCCCAGACCUGAUUCCACCACUGAGAAUCCUCACACCCUGGCUCUUUAAAGCCACUAUGUUGUCAGAGAAGUAUAAACAGGGAAAGCUUCACGCAUAUAAACUGAUCUGUAAGAUCAUGAAGAGGAGACAAGACGUCUCGCCCAACUCUGACUUCCUCACACAUUUCUACAUCAUCAUGCACAGUGGCCUGCUGCACCAGGACCAGGACAUUGUGAACACCAUUAUUAAACAUUGCUCGCCCCGUUUCUUCUCCAUCGGGCUGCCGGGAGCCACCAUGCUCAUCCUGGACUUUAUCGCUGCAGCCAGCAGAGUGACAGCCUGCUCUUCUCUUAACGCCCCGAGAGUGGAGGCUCAGAUCUUGUUGGGUUCUCUAGUGUGUUUUCCAAACCUGUAUGAGGAGCUUCCUGCUCUACACCCCACCACUGCUGAUGUCAUACUGACCAAAUUUAAGGACGUCAAGGAGCACAUUAUUAAAAACAUCUUAACCUCAGCUAGAGAUGAGCCAUCUGCCCCCGCCAGGUGUGUAGCUCUGUGUAGUUUAGGUCUAUGGCUGUGUGAGGAACUUGUCCAUGACACACGACACCCACAGAUUAAAGAAGCUUUAAAUGUCAUCUGCGUCACUUUGAAGUUUCCUAAUAAAACCGUCGCACUGGUGGCUUCAGACAUCCUGCAUCUCCUCAUCAACUAUGUGGACCAUCUGCAAAACUUCCCUCCCGACACACCCAAGAAAAUAGUGGAGAUCCUCAUAGCGACCAUCACCUACCUGCUGCCUACUACUGAGUCUUCUCCUCAUGAGCUGGACAAGAGGCUGGUAGUGUCCCUCCUGCUGUGUUUGUUGGACUGGGUCAUGGCUCUUCCUCCGAAAACUCUUCUACAGCCAAUUCAGACUCUCUCACAGGACAAAGACAAAUCAGACAGAACUGUCCUCAGUGCCAUCUAUAAGGUGCUACACGGCUGUGUGUACGGAGCUCAGAGUUUCAGUAAUCCCCGUUAUUUCCCUCUAAAUCUCUCUGACCUCAGCAGUUCGACCUUUGAUCCCUUCCUAAUGCUGGAGGGUCUGAAGGAGCCCGAGCCCCUGCACUCCCCCGACUCGGAGCGCUCAUCUAAAAUACAGCCGGUUACUGAAGUGAGGAGCCGUAUUCAGCAGGGUCUGAUCUCUAUUGCUGCUCGGAUGCUGGUGUCUCACCUGUUGAAUCACCUGUCCCACUUCCCCCUGGGUGCGGGCGGUCCGGCCGCUUUGACCAGUCAGGUGUGUGAGAACCAUGACAACCCGUACUGCCAGAGCACUGAUCUUGCCCCUGAGCUCUUCCACACACCCAACCUGCAGUUCUUUGUUCUGAACGGUUCCACGCUGCUCUCCUGCCUCCAGAGCCGCUCUGAUGACAACAUGGCUGCCGGUCUGGUCGCCCCUGACGCCUGCGUCCGCCUCAUCGUCAGAGACAUUUCCGGCAAGCACUCGUGGGAUUCGGCCGUGCUGUACGGCCCACCGCAGUGCGCUUCUCAGAGCCGAGUGCCACGCUCGCACACCGUCUCCUGUCCUGCAGGAGGCGACAGAGAGCAGGGUGCAGAGCAAGACUCGGUAGAGCAGGAUGAGAAGGAUGACCUGUCUGAGAACAAGGAUGGGGAAAAAGAGGAAGAAGAGGAAGAGGAGACUCUUUUAGAGACCAUGGCUCCGUUAGCGAAGCGGCUGUGCCGAGAAAUGAUUCCCAGGUGGGAUUCUCUUCAGGAUGGUGAAGAUGUUUUGGAUGAAGUUCUGCAGUACUUGGGCUCCUCAAGUCCAGAGUGCCUGCAGAGAACCGGAAUGCCGCUGAACAUCCCGGCUCUGCCCCCAUGCUGCGUGUCAGAGAAACAGGAGAACGAUGUGAUCAAUGCCAUCCUGAAACAGAGCACAGAGGAGUUGGACUUCGCUGCAAAACACGGGAACGACGUCCACAUGAAGGCGAUGGAGCAGCCGGAGCCCACGGCCCAGAGACCACAGUCUGCCUUCUACUACUGCAGGUUCCUCCUCAACAUCCUGGGCAUGAACUCCUGGGAGAAGAGGAGCAGCUUCCACCUACUGAAGAAGAACGAGAAGCUGCUAAGGGAGCUGAAGAACCUGGAUUCCAGACAGUGCCGUGAGACACACAAGAUUGCAGUUUUUUAUGUGGCAGAGGGACAGGAGGACAAACACUCCAUUCUGUCCAACACUAGCGGCAGUCAGGCGUACGAGGACUUUGUAUCUGGACUGGGAUGGGAGGUGAACCUGACGAGUCACUGUGGCUUUAUGGGAGGUCUCCAGAAAAAUAAGAGUACAGGUCUGACCAUGCCGUACUUCGCCACGUCCACAGUGGAGGUCAUGUUCCAUGUGUCCACUCGCAUGCCUCCUGACUCAGACGACUCGCUCACCAAAAAGCUGAGGCACCUGGGGAAUGACGAGGUUCACAUCGUCUGGUCAGAACACACACGGGACUACAGGAGGGGAAUAAUCCCAACUGAGUUCGGAGACGUCCUCAUCAUCAUCUACCCCAUGAAGAACCACAUGUACAGCAUCCAGAUCAUCAAGAAACCAGAGGUGCCAUUCUUUGGGCCGCUGUUUGAUGGCGCUAUUGUGGACAGUAAGAUUUUACCCACAAUGGUGCGAGCGACAGCCAUCAACGCCAGCCGUGCUCUGAAAUCUCUCAUCGCCCUUUACCAGAACUUUUAUGAGGAGCGAGCGCGGUAUCUGGAGUCGAUUGUUCAGCACCAUGUGGAGUUGAGCACGUUUGAGGACUAUGCAGCUCGUAUGUUUAGCCCCGCCCCCUUCCACCACCCUCCCAGCGAAUCAGGUUCCUUCCUGGAGAACCCGAGCAUGCCGCUGGACACCGCUGAUUUAUCCUCACCCAUUUUUCCUCGAGCCAGCAAGAGCCGCGUGUCCAUGAAGCUACGACGUUCAUCAGGAUCAGCCAACAAGACCUGAACACACACACACACACACACACUCACAGAGCACAUCGAUCACUGAAACAUGCACACACUACACACUCCACUGCACUUCUCACUACACACACUCUUGUCAUCAUGUGCUGAUAUUAUUGUAUGUCAUGAUAUUUUGAUAAAAUCUGAAAUUCUUUCGGAUGAAAGGUUACUGAGGAACCCAACGCCAUGGUAACGGUGGUGAUGCGUGUGGUUUAAAACCUGUGCAUCUCUUCUGAUGAUGUUUCUGAUCUAACAUUACUGAGAUCAGACGGAAGUAAACACGCCGCUGAUUAUCGACCGAUCACAAGUUCCGCAGCUUCAGUUACUGAUGUUUUACAAAGCAGUGAAAUGAAACACAGCCAUCUGGUGAUGAUCCUCCUCACUGCUGUUCUUUUAUACUCCACUAAAGCUAGUUCUCUUUACCUCUGAAACCAGAGCUACAAGGCUAAUGGCACUCGCAAGUAAAGGAAGCUUAUAGCCUCCGGUUUAGCACAAUACACUUGAGUGUGUGCACGUGUUCGUGUGUGUGUUCACGUGUGCAUGUCCUCCCACUGUAAUGCCUCCUUUGGGGGAAACUAAAGGCAAAAUCUUAUGUUCUAGACUUAAAAUGUCUUCUCUUAUGUUCUCAAAAGGGAAUUAAUGAAGUUUGUGAGCUGAACAAAAUUAGAGUGAGAAAGAAGGAGAAAAGUUUAAACAAACUACAAAAUUACACACACACACACACACACACACACAGUAUGCGUAAUAAAUUCCAUCAAAUUAGUAAAUAAUUAAAAAUUAUAUAAUUACCAAAAUUUAAAAUAAAAACAGUAAAAUAUAAAUAAAUAUAUAGUAUUUAAUAAACAUUGUUAUAAAAUGUAAUGAAUAAAUAACUGAGUGAUUAUUAACAUGAAAAGCUCAGUAAUAACGCUCGAGUAUGAGCAUGUAGUUAAAACUCUUCACACUAAACUGGAGGCUCUUGGGUUCUAUUGCUCUUUAGCUCCAUUAGCACUGUAGCUGUGGUAUAAACCACGUCUGUGUUACUCGAGUGUGAAACAGUGAAUCUGAGAGUGUUUCAUUACAUUACACUGUUUUUCUGUUGUACAGAAGCACUGUGUGUGUGUGUGUGUGUGUGUGUAUAUGUCACUCCUAAUGACUCGUGUUUGUACAUAUAUAUAAAUAUAAAGGUGAGAAUAUAUCUGUAUGUAGACAGUGUGUAUAGUGAGCAGCGUCUGGUCUGUGUACAUAUUUAACAGUGUUUAAAGCAGCUGCAAAAACUAAACACCACACAGUUAGGAUUAGACUUCAUACAUACAGAAGAGGGCAAGGCCUUUAUUUUCCUACAGAUGUGUAAGGCAUGUCGGCCGGAGUGUGCUCUCUCUGUCUGUCUGUCUCAUUGUCUGUCUGUCUCACUCUCUGUCUGUCUGUCUCACUCUCUGUCUGUCUCACUGUCUGUCUCACUGUCUGACUGUCUGUCUCACUCUCUGUCUGUCUGUCUCUCUGUCUGUCUCACUCUCUGUCUGUGUCUCUCUGUCUGUCUGUCUCACACUCUGUCUGUCUGUCUCACUGUCUGUCUGUCUGUCUCUCUGUCUGUCUCACUCUCUGUCUGUCUGUCUCACACUCUGUCUGUCUGUCUCUCUGUUUGUCUCUGUCUGUCUGUCUCACUCUCUGUCUCCCUGUCUGUCUCUCUCAUACACAUAUUUACACGUGAACUAAUUCUUGUUGACAAAAGUGAAUUGCAGAUAGAAUCAGAGACACACACACAAGUCAGCAUUUAAUUCUGCAGCUACAGAGAAACCAAUCAGAGCCCUGGAUACACACUGGAGCAAAAGUAAGUGCCCCCACGUACCUGCCCUGAUUAAGCUUGAGUUUUAAAGCUCUUUAUGUAAGACACAUUACAGACCCUGGAAGGGUUUUGGCUGUCAGUGUUCAGGGCUCUGAUGUGCUUUAAUCAUUGAGUUUAAACUGGGGGAAGUUUUUAUAGAAUGUUUGUGCUUUAAAUGUGACGCGUGCCGCCAGGAGCCUGAAUAUUUUUCACACAGACAAGAGAUGGUUUUUUAUCAGAAAGCUAAAAGAUGUGCACGCUGGGACGUGGACGUGUAAGAUGCUGGUGUACGUUACUGCUGAGAGACAACACUGCAUGACACGUGAUGACUGCAUGCGUUAGAAGAACUACACAAUACACACACGUUUGUAAAGAGGAAAUUCAGACAUGCAUUUAAACACAAAUAAAAUGUAUUCUCACUUA